AAGAUUAUUCUUGGAGACACAAGAACGCAUGCUCUUAAGGUUUAGCAAAAUGAGGAUAACGGGGUUUGCUUUUUUGCUAUUGUUUACCAUGCUCUUAAGUUUUAGUCAUGCAGCUAUAACGCCAACAAGUCCUUUGUCAAUAGGCCAAACUCUCAGCUCCUCUGACGAUAUUUAUGAAUUGGGGUUCUUCAGUCCUAAUAACACCCAAGAUCAAUACGUUGGAAUCUGGUUGAAGGGUAUUAUUCCCCAGGUGGUUGUGUGGGUGGCCAAUAGAAAAGAUCCUGUUACAGACUCCCCGGCUAAUCUAACUAUCAGCAGCAACGGAAGUCUUCUCUUAUUAAAUGGUAAAGAUGGCGUUGUGUGGUCCACCGGAGGAACUUUUGCUUCUAACGGGUCUCGUGCAGAGCUUUCGAACGCAGGAAAUCUUAUUAUCACCGAAAAUGUUUCAGGAAGAAUUCUAUGGGAAAGCUUUGAGCAUCUUGGUAAUACUCUGCUGCCUUUCUCAACCCUCACGUAUAAUCUCACCACCGGAGAGAAGCAGGUGUUGACUUCUUGGAAAAGUGACACCGAUCCAUCCCCUGGUGACUUUGUGGUUCUGAUUACACCCCAAGUGCCAUCACAGCUGUUUACUAAGAGAGGCUCGGCACCUUAUUGGAGAAGCGGUCCAUGGGCUAAAACAAGGUUCAUUGGCAUACCGUUAAUGGAUGUAUCAUUAACAAGUCCAUUUAGCCUUCAGCAGGAUGAACACGGGUCAGUAUCUUUCACUUAUAUAGACAGAAACAUUAAACCUCCACGUAUAAUGAUAACAUCGGAGGGCCCAGUGAAGAUUUUUCAGCAUAAUGGGACCGAGUGGGAGUUAGACUUUGAGGUUCCAGCGAACCCAUGUGAUCAUUAUGGUGUAUGUGGACCUUUUGGACUGUGUAUUAUGUCAUCAUCUCUAACGUGUAAAUGCUUCAAAGGGUUUGUACCAAAAUCCAUUGAGAAGUGGAAAAGAGGAAACUGGACAGAUGGUUGUGUGAGGCGUACCAAACUACUUUGUCAAGGCAAUGUUACCAAUGAAACCAUGUUCCAUCCUGUUGUCAACACAAAGCCUCCAGACAAUUACGAAUUUACAAGGGCUUCUAAUGAUAUAGACUGCCACCGAAGUUGCCUGGAGAACUGUUCUUGCUUGGCCUUUUCUUUUAUCAAUGGAAUAGGGUGCUUAGUGUGGAAUCAGGAACUAAUGGACGUAGUGCAGUUUUCUGAAGGUGGAGAGCUUUUAUCCAUUCGUCUUGCAAGCUCUGAAUUAGGUUUGAUCUUUUACCUCUUUAUCCUCAACUCUACAGAUAUUAUUCUUUAGUAGCAUUGCUUAUUAUUUAAUUUCUGUUUUGUCUUAUAUAUAAGAGUGAAGUGCUCAGAUACUCUUAAUGAGGCAAAAAGUGAUCUAGCAUACUCUCACGU